CGCGUAGACUGUAAGUGAAUCCUUAAAUUCCGGUAUGGGCUCUGCCCGUUUCCUCAAGACGGUAGGGCGGACACAGAAAUGGCUACUUGGUCGUCAAGAUCUUUGUCAAGCCGGAUCCUGGGCUGAGUCUCCGAGAGUACCACAGACGACUGAAGGGUGGAUACGCGAACAUUGGCCCUCCACUGAAGUAUGAACAAUGUUGCAGUUGAGCGCGAAGCACUAGCGGAACUUGUCAACGUCUACAACUACCAGGCGUUCGUGGAGACAUGGAGGGAUACAUUGGCCAACAAUGGAUUGCGAGCAGCCUCUACGACCGCAUCAGUACACGCCCCUUCCUCAGCCUGGUGGACAAGAAGUGGAUCGCCUUUCAGCUGCCACGCGCCCUUCGCGACGCACGGAAUCGCAAGAUCCCUCACGGCGACAUCAAGUCCGAGAACAUUCUCCCGACCUACCUGCCGCUGGACGAUCCGUCCGACUUCUCCUUCUCCUUUUCGACACGAGCGGCCGGCGCAUGUUACGUCGCGCCCGAGCGGUUCUACACGGCGGCGGAGAACCCGGCGAUCAGCGCGAAGAAAAGCAGACUGGCUAUGGAGGACGGCGAGGGCAGGAGGGAUGGCAGGGUUACAGAAGCAAUGGACUGCUUCAGCGCUGGAUGUGUCAUUGCGGAACUCUUCCUUGAAGGUCCGCCAUUGUUCACGCUCAGUCAGCUAUUCAAAUACCGUGAGGGAGAGAUGAGUGUCGAGUCACAGUUGAGUGCCAUAGGGGACGAGCCUGUGAAGAAUCUCAUCAAGCAGAUGACUGCGGUCGACCCCGUGGUCAGGCCGUCUUUCGACACACUGCUACACACCUCCCGCGGAUCCGUGUUCCUGGAGUCGUUCUAUCGUUCUUCCACACCUACCUCUCGUCCAUCAACGCGCUCUCCGGAGCUUCUCCAUUCGCGUCAAAUGCCACGCCUACUCCCCUGCGACUCCGGUCGGCGGAUGGAGAGUUGGAGCAAUUUAAAGAGCGUCGAGCCCUUCUUGGUGGUUGACUCGGCGCAAGAAGAGACCGUCAUGGAUCGCAAGCGUGCGUGGGUUGUCUGCAGCACGGGUCCUGUCGCUCUGGGACAUCCGGUUCGGCAUCCUCAUCAAGAGCUGGAAAGUCGGCGCGGAGUCGAAGAGCAGGCAAGCGCGGAUAUACUAAUGUGUCGUCCACCCGACGAAAGGCAAGGGCAAGUGGGUCAUAGUGGCGGUGGAGGCGCCGAAAGCCCCGAAGAGCCAAGUCAUCCUGGAGGUCUGGGAUAUCGAGCAGUCGGCUCUCGUGGAGCCAUUCGUUACCAGGACAGUCUCAAACGCAGCGGAGGAACUGCAAGACCCUCGGCAGUCGACUCAGAAGAGGCGGAGACGAGUCCGGCAGCAGCGAUAGCGGCUCUCGUGCGCCAGGAGAGCGGUGGCUCGCUCGAGUCCUUUGCGCACCGCGGCUCGUCCGGCGCGACCGGUUUGCCCGAUUCCCUGGACGUCGUGUCCCCGGACGUCCGUGCGAUCGUGGUCGGCACCCAAUAUCGGUGGACAUGCGCCGGCGCGCGCCACCAUGGCGGACCAGGACGUCCGGACGAGCCGUACUACGGGCGGGCGAGGGUUCUUGUUGAGCGGCUCGGAAGAUCGAAGGAUACGAUAUUGGGACCUUUCACGCGUGGAUCGGUCGGAGGUGCUCACGGGUAUGGACGCGGAUACCGACAAACCAACCUACAGCAGCGUCGCCGCCACCUCCGAUUCAGCACCCUCGCGGCUCCUAGAGAGCUGGGUAUCCUCACUGUCAGCCAGCCACUGUAUCAACCGGCCUCCCCAGCGGCUCUCGCUGAUCAGCCAUAACCAGCAUAUUCUAUUUAGGGGGCACCAGGACACCGUGACGGCGCUUGCGUGUAUUGACUUGCCGUUCCGAGGGGCAUUGUGAGCGGCGAUCGCUCGGGGGCGAUCAAGGUGUGGAGGGUCGAGGGGCUUGAUUUGUCGUGGUCAGUGCUGUAUCGGUAGAUGGUUUUCGUUUCUUGUUUAUGUAUUCGUUGGAUUGCUCCUCAAAUGCGAUUGGGGCUGCUCAAAUGAGGCCCGUGCGGUGCAAGCCACCGUCGCAACUACGAUGUCGGUUCACAGC